GACCCAACUGUCACGUGACUGUCAGCUGACCACAUAUGGUAGCUAGUAGUAGGAAACUGUGCUCAGGCUGGAAGUUACCUUUGCUUUAUAACUUGUUAGUAAUUUCUUUGAGAGGACACUGCCAGUGUAUGCACCGCCUUUCCUAAAGAAGUCACUUGAGGUGAAAAAAAGAGCUUGGCAAACCAGUUAUUCCUAACAGGGUGCAAAGUAAAGAAGGGCCUUGCAGUCCAGGAUGUCGUCCACCACCACCUCCUCUGUUACCCUGAAUACUGGGGUUCAAAUGCCCCUCCUGGGGUUGGGGACUUACAAGUUGCACGGCUCUGAAGAAGUGUAUCGGGCCGUGGAUGCCGCCUUGGCUGCGGGUUACCGGGCCUUUGAUAGUGCAGCCGUCUACCGGAAUGAAGCCGACCUGGGCCGAUCUCUGAGGGAGCUCCUGCCCAAGCACGGCUUGACCAGACAGGAUGUGUUCAUAACCAGUAAGCUGGGCCCUAAGGAUCAGGGUGAGCGGGCUAUGGAAGGUGCCCUUCACAGCCUGUCUCAGCUGGACUUGGGUUACAUUGACCUCUAUUUGAUUCACUGGCCUGGCACGCAGGGUCUAGCAGUGGCUGAUCAGAGCAACCCAGGAAACAGAGCUCAGAGUUGGGCCACGCUGGAGGAGCUGCAUGGCCAGGGGAAGCUGAAGGCCAUUGGAGUGUCCAACUAUACAGUGGCUCACAUGAGAGAACUAAUGCAGAGCUGCAAAGUCCCCCCUGCAGUUCUACAGGUAGAGUUUCACCCACAUCUGUGCCAAGCAGAGCUGAAGAGUGUUUGUGAGGAGUAUGGAGUCUGUUUCCAAGCAUAUUCCUCCUUAGGCCAAGGAGAUCUGGUUACUGACCCUGUGGUCCUGGAGGUGGCAAAGCAGUGCCAACGCACCCCCGCACAAGUGCUGCUGCGGUGGGCGGUGCAGCAGGGUGUCGCCGUGCUCCCAAAGUCAUCAAACGCAGACCGAAUACAGGAGAAUGCCAGACUUUUUGACUUUACACUGAGCGACGCAGACAUGGACAGACUGUCAGCUUUGGACUGUGGACAGAAGUACUGCUGGGAUCCGUCAGGGGUCGCCUGAAACACCAGCUUGUGUCCUCCAUGAUGCCUUUUUGUCUUCAGUUUUACAGUGGUAGUUUUUUUUUUGGGGGGGGGGGGGGGGUGUUUUUUUUUUUUUUUUUUUUAAGCUGUUACAAGUUUUGUGUCAACACUUUGUUAAUUUCAAGACAAAAAUACAGCAUAUUGUGGUAUGAACUCUAAAUCUAUGGAACGUCACCCAUCACAUGACUUUAUUGUCAACCAUAAGCCAUGUCUUAGUGAGAACCUUUCCCUUUGUUAUUGGAUAACAAAAACUUUUACAUAUCUGUCAGUUUAACUGUUGCUCCUUAUUCUUCAUAAUCUCUUGCCUUUCCUUUGCCUAAUAUCUUUGACUAACCAGAAAUCUCCAUUGAACAUAACUCAAAGGUCUUCUAAACCUGUGUAAAGACAAUUAAAAGAACAAAAUACCUUUUAAAAGCUCUCUUAAAAUUAUUUAUUUAGACCAGAGUUUUCACAGUUGUAGAGAAAAUACAUUUACAAGUCAUUAAAACUGAAAAAGAAACCAAAAUAAGAAAAAAAGUAAUAUUAAAUUUUUAUUUUCUCCACACACACAUCUCCAGAUUCAAGUAAUACUAAGGAUGGUUGCAAAAAAUCCAGGUGCCCAGGCAGGUUUGGGGUGUGUUCACUGUCACGGAUGUUUAAAGUCAAAAAGAGUUGCCAAACUCCACAUCAGCCAUUUUAUAGUGUACGCGUGUGUCACUUAAAAAUCUCAUGACAGUAAAUGCACCGGGACAUUUUUGUGCUUUCUGUUUUUCCUCUGAGUGUAACUUGUGAAAGCGAGCAGUGAAGUUUAAGGCUGUAAUUGGGUAAACAGACGAGGCUGGCUAUGCGGCGUCACAGGUCACAGCAUGUUCAAGGCAGUUCUUUGCAACAUUAAAUUCAUUUAAAUUCCAUCUGAUCUUUAUUUUCAGCAGAGUAAAGCUUUAUAAUCUGACCCAGAGU